GGGCCGUGACGCCCCAGCCAUCCUCACUCUGAGGUGAGAGUGGACGCAGACGCACCUUGAACAUCACUAUCACCACCUCCCUACCGUGGCUCUCGCUGCUUCCUCUGUGCGGGUAGGCAAGUAGCAAACUAGUUUGAGUUACCUCUCCACCAAAACCAGAAGUGCUCCGGUUCGUGUGUUUCGUCUCCUGAACUCCCCCCCCCCCCCCCCCCCCGCUGAGAUGUCGACAGCAGGACGGGUUGCGGCGGGAGCGGCGGCCAUGUUGCUGCUGGUGGUGGCGGUCCUCACCCCGGGCCUGAGGGCCCAGGAGGACACGGAGACCCGGGCCAGAGCGUUCCUGGAGAAGUUCAGCACCGAGGCGUCGGUCAUCAUGUACGACUAUUCUCUGGCGUCGUGGGCGUACAACACAGACAUCACCGAGGAGAACUCAAACAAAUUGUCGGCGAAGGGCGCGAUCUGGGGAGAAUUCUACGGCCGCAUGUCGACUGAGUCCCUGGCCUUCCCGCUCCACGAGGUGAAAGACCCGGUGGUCAAACUGCAGCUCAUCUCCCUGCAGGACAAAGGCUCUGGGGCCCUGUCCCCGGAAAAGUCUGCUCACUUGGGGCGGGUGAUGAGUGAAAUGAGCACCAUCUACAGUACAGCCGAGGUGUGUCUGAAGGACAGGCCCACAGACUGCCAGACUUUGGAACCAGGUUUGGAGGCGGUGAUGGCCGACAGCAGGGACUACAGUGAGCGCCUGCACGUGUGGGAGGGCUGGAGGAGGGAGACGGGGAGGAAGAUGAGGCCUCUGUACGAGGACUACGUGGACCUGAAGAACGAAGCGGCCAGGCUCAACGGUUUUGAGGACUACGGAGCGUAUUGGCGCAGCAACUACGAGACCGUAGGGGAGGUCCCGCCCUACAACUACACCCGAGAUGAGCUGAUGGGCGACGUCCGCUCCAUAUACAAGGAGAUCAUGCCGUUGUACAAGGAGCUCCACGCGUACGUGAGGUCCAAGCUGAUUGAGACCUACCCCGGGGGCCACAUCCACCCCGAGGGGCCCCUGCCCGCCCACCUGCUGGGGGAUAUGUGGGGUCGGUUCUGGACCAGCCUGUACCCACUCUCUACGCCCUACCCCCUAAAGCCGGACAUCGAUGUCAGCUCUGCUAUGGUCGACCAGAAAUGGGAGCCGGAGCGUCUCUUCAGAGAGGCAGAGAAGUUCUUCGUGUCCGUGGGUCUCUACAAGAUGGAACCCGACUUCUGGACAAACUCUAUGCUGGUGAAGCCAAACGACCGCAAGGUGGUCUGUCAUCCCACCGCCUGGGACAUGGGGAACGGGAAGGACUACAGGAUCAAGAUGUGCACCCAGGUGAACAUGGACCACUUCCUGACGGCGCACCACGAGAUGGGCCACAACCAGUACCAGACGGCCUACCAGAACCUGUCCUACCUGCUCCGGGACGGGGCCAACGAGGGCUUCCACGAGGCCGUGGGCGAGAUCAUGUCCCUGUCAGCGGCCACCCCCGACCACCUCAAGUCCCUUGGGCUCCUGGCCGCCGACUUCACCGCCGACAAAGAGACGGAGAUCAACUUCCUGAUGAAGCAGGCCCUGACCAUCGUGGCCACACUACCCUUCACCUACAUGCUGGAGGAGUGGCGCUGGCAGGUCUUCAACGAGAACAUCCCUAAGAACCAGUGGAUGAAGCGCUGGUGGGAGAUGAAGCGCGAUCUGGUCGGCGUGGUCGAGCCGGUACCACGUGAUGAGACGUACUGCGAUCCCCCGGCUCUGUUCCACGUAUCAGGAGACUACUCCUUUAUCAGGUACUUCACCAGGACUAUCUACCAGUUCCAGUUCCAGAAGGCUCUGUGUAAAGAAGCAGGCCACACAGGUGAGCUGUUCACCUGCGACAUCACCAACUCCACUGCCGCCGGGACCAAACUCAGGAACAUGCUGACGCUGGGCAGGUCGAAGUCGUGGACCAGAGCUCUGGAAAUGAUCUCUGGGGAUACCAAGAUGGACGCCAAGCCACUGCUGGAUUACUUCAAAACCCUCUAUGAUUGGCUCGUGGCCGAGAACAAGAAAAACAACCGAAGAGUGGGCUGGGAGAAGAACAUUGACCCCUACUCAGCAAAUGGCAUCAAAGUGCGGAUUAGUUUGAAAGCUGCCUUGGGUGCGGAUGCUUACCAGUGGAAUGACAAUGAGCUGUACCUGUUCAAGACCAACAUCGCGUACGCCAUGAGACAGUACUACACCAGCCAGACGAACAAAACUCCCGCCUUCACAGCGAAGGACGUUUGGGCCUAUGAGGAAACCCCCAGAAUCUCCUUCUUCAUCCAGGUGUCCGACCCGUCCAGCCCGUCUGUGCUCAUCAGGAGGGAUGAGGUGGAGGCAGCCAUACGGUUCUCCCGAGGUCGGAUCAACGACGCCUUCAUGCUGAACGACAAAACUCUGGAGUUCCAAGGUAUUCCGGCAACGCUGGCGCCCCCUGUGGAGCAGCCGGUCACGGUGUGGCUGGUGGUCUACGGGGUGGUCAUGGGAAUCGUAGUUCUGGUGGGAGCGUACCUCAUCAUCUCUGGUAUCAGGGCGAGGAAGACCCAACAGCCGGAGAGCAAGGUGGAAAACCCCUACACACCACAAGCUACGGGCGUAACCAACGUGUCCUAUCAGACCGACGAGGCAGAGAACACUGGUCUCUGAGGGCACCGCCACAGCCUCCAGACGACAUGAAGGUGACAUCAUCUUCUGGCGUGGGUUAGAAGGAGCCGGCCUCUGUCCUCUCAGAGUGUUUAUAUGUAUAAAGACGGCAGUGUGUUUUAACACGUGAUGAGUGGGAGCUGGAUAAUUCCAUGCAGAAAGACCUGAUUUUUCUAUUGAGGCGGUCGGAUUUGAACUCAUUUGUGAUGUGAAUGCAAUUUUGUUUUGUUUGUGUAUGACCUUCAACAGUGUUUUAUUCUCUGCCUUAUUUUAUAAGUAUUUUCUUACUAAUAUUACAGGGC